UUAUUCCCCUGUACCAGUGAAAUACAUGUGAUGUCUAGCCAUAUUUCUUGAUAGAUGAACUUUCAUCGAUCCUCGUUGAGUGGUGUAAGCAAAAUUUUUUAUUUUUUUUUGUCAUGGCUGAUACACUCGUGUGUAUUUACAGCCGGAUCGUGUCAGUGUGCGGUGGUAAAUGUCAGCGGUGGUACUCAACAGUUCAUUGAGAACUGGUGAAGUUGCUAGUGUCUAGCAACGUGAAACAUGGGUGACGAUAAUAAUGGGCAGACGAAUGGAUGUCGAUGCAGAGGUAGACGCUACUACUAGUGAGCUGGAAGUGCUCGUCGUGUCGGAGAAACAGGGGUGUGAAAAGGGAGACGAGGGGGAGGGGAAAGGGAAUAUAUACGACGGGUGGUCCGCGAUGAGAAUGGAAUCGCGGCACCCACGCAAGAAUCGUCUGCGUAGCAUCGUCGGGAUAUGCCUGUUCCUCGCGUUGACUGGGAUCAUUUACCUAGGCUACUUCUGCCCGGAUCAUGUGUGUGCUUUAACGAACCGCGAGAUCAGGGACUCUAUUGGGCUAACAGAAAGUCUGUCCAUCGUCCCUGGGUCACCUGCCGCUGGUUCUGCCGCACUGUCUUCAGUUUCCAUAGAGCUCGAUAGAAACGGUCUACUCUCGGUGCAUCCUUCCUUUAAGCUACAGAGUAUCCAAGGUAGUCUAGGCUAUGAUGACAUCUUUGCCAAUGACACCUUUCAGUUUGAUAUCAACGCUCACGACGUUAUGAUCUUCCUUCACAUACAAAAAACAGGUGGUACAUUAUUUGGCAAACAUCUGGUGCGAGAUUUAGAAUUACAAAGACCGUGCUCAUGUCAACGACGACGCAAACGUUGCUUUUGUUUCCGUCCAAAUCAUAACGAAAAUUGGUUAUUCUCACGAUAUUCUACCGGCUGGAAGUGUGGAUUACAUGCGGAUUGGACAGAAUUGACAAACUGUGUGGAUACGGAACUCAAUAAAAUUGAAGGAGAUGACAUUAAGCGCCGAUACUUCUACUUAACUAUCAUAAGAGAUCCCGUUGCAAGAUAUCUCUCCGAAUUUAGGCACGUGCAAAGAGGUGCUACAUGGAGAGGUGCUCGUCAUUGGUGCGGAGGUACUCAAGCAAAUAUACCCCAGUGUUACGAUGGUUCCAAUUGGAAAGGUGUUACUUUAAAGGAGUUUAUGGAAUGUCCUUACAAUUUGGCAAAAAAUCGUCAAACGAGAAUGCUGGCAGAUCUAUCAAUAGUUGGCUGUUAUAAUUCCACUCUCAGCAAAACUGAUAGAGACCGUCUAAUAUUGGCCAGCGCUAAACACAACUUACAAUUUAUGCCUUUCUUUAUGCUGACUGAAUACCAGAAGGUGGGGCAGUAUACUUUCGAAGAAACAUUUAAAAUGCGAUUUGCUGUUGCAUUUGAGCAGCAUAAUGCCACACUUAGUGCAGCCACUAUGGCAACCCUCAACACAGAGCAAUUAGACGCCGUACGUAAGCUCAACAACCUGGACCUAGAACUCUACGAAUUUGCAAAGAAUCUUGCUUUUCAAAGAUUUAAACGGCUUAGAGAUCGUGAUCCACAUUUCAUACAACGAUUCCAACACCUUGGUGAAUUGCCAUUGAGGCAAAGUGCCACAGAAUUUAAUUGGGAUUCUGUCAUUGAAGAUACUACGGAUAACGAAUGAUGUAUAUGAACGAAAACGUCUCUUUAUACGCACUCCAUACGUACUCGUACCACGUUGGGAAUACAAGAUACCAUUCAAUGAAUACAGUCCAGUACGCAUCAUUAUCGCAUUAGCUAUUAUAAUA